GUAAUUCCAAAGCAUAAGUUUGUCCUUGUGAAAUUCGAUACGCAAUACCCUUAUGGCGAGAAACAGGAUGAGUUUAAAAAGCUGGCAGAGAGCUCAGGCUCCAGUGAGGAUCUUCUGGUGGCUGAAGUGGGGAUAUCAGAUUAUGGUGAUAAACUGAACACUGAGCUGGGAGAAAAGUACAAGCUGGAUAAGGAAAAGUUCCCAAUUUUUCACUUGUUCCAGGAUGGUGACUUUGACAAUCCUUUACCUUACAGUGGCCAAAUCAAGGCCGGGGCUAUUCAGCGCUGGCUGAAGAGUAACGGCAUCUAUCUGGGGAUGCCAGGCUGCCUGAAAGAGUACGACAUGCUGGCCAGCAAGUUUGUGAGCACCACUGAGAAAUCAGAACGCCAGUCCCUCCUGAAAAAGGGGCAAGAGAGUUUAGAAAAAACAAAAGAAACUGAGAAGAAGUCAGCUGAGCAAUACUUGAAAAUUAUGAGCAAGAUGCUGGAGCAGGGAGAAGAGUUUGCUGCUAAUGAAGUCGUCCGAAUCACAAAACUGAUCGAGAAGAACAAAAUGAGUGAUGGGAAAAAGGAGGAGCUCCAGAAAAGCCUCAAUAUCCUUGCUUCUUUCCUGAAGAAGAAUAAUGAAAAAGAUGAGCUCUAAUAUGUUGGAGAACUUUGUACAAGCUGUGAAACACUGUCAAGAGUCCUAACCAGUUCUCCUUAUGCAAGCAAACUUCCCGCUGACUUCAAGAGAGCAGCAGAUUUCCUUCUGGUAUUCUCAGUUUAGAAGAUCAAGAGGAAGACAUUCCUUUAAAACACAGUAUUCUAAAUGUUGAAAAAAAUUACCUUAAAGCAAGACACCAGUAUUGUGUAAUACUCUUCAAUAACAGUGUUAAAGUAGACACAAAAAAAAAAGAAAAAAAGCACUAGAUUGGCCUGAAGCACAUUCCUGGUGGUUUUUACUGCUGUUCCCUGGCAAACAAAUAACAAAAUUCAGUCUCACAUUCCAUCUUCCAUGUUCUAAAAGGUACAGAUUGGGUGCCCCUCACAUCCCCACCUUGCCCUCUUCCUAGUGUCCUUGGGUUUUAUGCUCAUUAAUCCACCCCUCC